UUGUGCAGCAGCCAUCCGGAGCAAAGAUGCAAGUCUUUAGCUAUUUUUCAGUUCCAGAAUGGGUGCCGUUAAGUCUAGCCAUUGGAUUUUUGCUGUUUCUGCAUGCAAGUCGGUACAGAAACUACUGGAAAGAUCAGAACGUGCCCCAUGAACAAUUUUCCCUUUUCUUUGGAUCUACGUUCCAGUUGAUAUUCAAGUCGUUUCAAGUUGUCGAAGAUGCGCUCUACAAAAAAUACGGACGCUUGUUUGGAGUUUUUGAAGACGGCAAACCAGUUCUUUAUGUAGCUGAGCCUGAGCUGCUCAAGUCCAUAUUUGUCAAGGACUUUGCGCUUAGCCAAAGAGUUAGUACGAAAUUCGACGACCAAUACUUGGACAACAUGAUGACAGUGGUGCCUCCCAAGGAAUGGAAGAAAAUUCGUUCUGCGACAACCCCGGCUUUUACGACAGGAAAACUAAGAAAGAUGCACGACCUAAUGGAACAAAGUGCCCAACACUUGUCUUGCAAGCUGAAAAACGCAGCAGAAAAAGAACUUGACGUUGACAUGAAACGAUUUUAUGGUGACUUUACUCUAGACGUCACAGCCAGCUGUGCUUUUGGAAGCAAAUUGGGAAAUGAUUCUGAAGACACAUCCAACUUCGUCAGUUCAGCAAAGAACGCGUUUUUUGCGAAGAUAACAUUCUUCGUGGCCGUUCAAGUCUUCUUUCAACGGUUUAUGAAGACCCUUCGGAGAAACAUAUUCAAUAUGGAUGCGUUUGAGUUCUACAAGGAUGCGACGAUAAGCAUCAUUCAGGAGCGGAAGAAAGGAAAGCAGGUACACGACGAUUUUCUUCAAAUGAUGCUGAACGCUCAAGACGAAGCGGCUUCAACUGCCUCAGAGAUAACCGAAUCCAGAGACCAAGAAAUCUUCAAUGUUGACUCGGAGGGGCAGACCAAAAGAUCGACAGCUGUCAAAAACUUAACUGAAGAAGAAGCGCUGGCUCAGUGCGUUCUAUUCUUUCUCGCUGGUCAAGACACGGCCUCCACACUGGCCUCAUUUACUUCGUACAUUCUGGCUGUCAAUCCUGAAGUACAAGAAAAGCUCAGGAAAGAAGUGGACAACUGCUUUGAAAAACAUGGAGGUUCACCAACCUACGACGCUAUAUCAAAGCUCAGCUACCUCAACGGAGUGAUCUCAGAAACACUCAGGAUGUUUCCUCCAGCCCCACGAUUGGAAAGGAGUCCAAUGGAGGACUAUGUGCUUGGAGAAACAGGAAUCAAAGUGCCUAAAGAUUGUGUAAUAGCCAUCCCGGUCUACUCAAUGCACCAUGAUCCGGAGUUUUUCCCUGACCCUCAUACAUUCAAUCCAGAACGGUUUAUUGACGAAAAUGCCAGUUCAAUUCUUCCCUACACCUACCUUCCCUUUGGUGCUGGUCCACGAAAUUGCAUCGGCAUGCGGUUUGCCCUGCAAACAGUGAAGACCUGCAUCCUGCACGCUGUCCACAACAUCGAAUUCAUACGCACUCCACGAACAAAGGUUCCGCUUGAGUUUCAUCCUGGCUUUGGAAUUUUAAAUCCCAAGGACCUCACCGUAGGACUCCGCCUGAGAAAAUUGUAAUGACUCUUCUAAAACCAAGAACAUGCCCCAUGCAGCGCCCCUCAACAAAUACCGCCAGAAAAAAAUCGACAAUAGACUUCUUCCAAAACCGACGGGCCCCAUCGCGGCGAAAUACCACGCAGUGGACUCUGGCAACUAGUUGGCCACUCAGUUUCGGUUUCGACUGAGGAGCUUCAUCUCAUGCUAUCACGCCGCGACCGAACGCGCUGCUUGCGUUUUCGAUUAUCUGAAUUUUUACGAAUGUACAAUACACUCAUUCUCGAGCGAUACAAAACAAAGAGCGGGACACUUUCCUUGGUUCCCGAAACGCCGGAUAUCGUGCGUGCGUAUGCAAACGCAAUAAGACGUGACUUAGUCACCUCAACCCACGAGUGAUCUUUGAGCUCAGUGUCAAAUAUCCCGUCUAGUAGCAAUGAACUACAACUGGGAUUUGGUCACUUUGAGCCUUACACGUAUUCUGUUUGCCAAACGUCCGCUUCUUGUUACUUCAUUGGGCGAAAAGUAAGAUGCAUCCUCACAGGAGUAUCAAAGUUCAACCCAGCGUCGGCGCAUGGACUUUUAAGGGAACGCAAUAAAUUCGACCUCAUUACUGCACAAAA